CCCCACCUCUCUCUCUCUCUCUCUCUCUCUGAUUACACCCAAAUGUCAGCCCAACAAAUUGCGAGCCACAGAGAAGACGCCGAGAUCUAUCACGGCGAAGCCCUAUGCAAGCAGAAGUCCCACGAGCUGCUCGACAAAAUGAGCCUGCCGCGUGCCCUCCUGCCCUUAGAAGAUGUCCUAGAGUUCGGUUACAACCACACCUCCGGAUUUGUAUGGCUCAAGCAGAAGAAGAAGAAAGAGCACCGGUUCCACGCCCUUGGCAAAAUGGUGUCGUACGACACGGAGGUGACGGGCUUUGUGGAAGAGCAUCGGAUGAGGAGGCUCUCUGGGGUUAAAAGUAAGGAGCUUUUGAUUUGGGUCUCGAUUUCGGAUAUCUACGUGGACCCGAAUUCGAAUCCGGAUAAGAUCACGUUCGCCAACGGCACCGGGAUCUCAAGGUCGUUCCCUGUCACAGCCUUUGGGCUUGAAGAAGAUGAAAAGAAUGCUGAUGGGAAAAAAUGAAAGCCUUUCUCUUUUUGGUCGAAGAAAAAAAAAAAUAUAUUGAAUAACUUUUGUUUUGUUUUUUCGUUUUCAAUUCAUUCAAUAUGUGAUUACGUCGUUACACUUUCAUUUCAUU